CGGGGAAUCCGGCGCAACAUGGCGGCGGACGGCGACGGACGGUGAUGUUUGACGCGCGGUGCUUACGGUUACGUUCGACUCGUUGUUGAUGCGUCGGCAACACUCGGUAACUGGCUAGCGAGGCGAUACGUACACGAGCAUACGGAACGUGCAGCCCGUGCAACCGGCACGAGCAUUACCCUACUACGCGAGUAUUACGCGCGAUCGGCGAGGAGGUUUAGUACGAAGAGGUGGUAGUACGCGAAGCUGCGGUGUGCGCGUAGUGACAAGGCAACAAGAUGUCCAAGCCGGACGAGAACGCGGACACCGGCGACACCGGGGACAACUCGAACGGGUCCUCGGCGGAGACGACGUCGUCGCGGGGCGGCGACUUCGAGACGAAGCUCGAGACGGACCGUAGCAAGCGGUUCGACUACCUGCUGAAGCAAACCGAGAUAUUCUCGCAUUUCAUGACGAACAAUCAGAAGGACAAGGCCGGCAGUCCGCUCAAGAUCAGGGCCGGCCGGCCCAGAAAGCAGCAGCCGGAGAACGUUCCCAAGUCGGACACCACCGGCGAUCACCGGCACCGCAAGACCGAGCAGGAGGAGGACGAGGAGCUGCUGGCGGAGAGCAACGCCAGCGUCACGCCUACCACGCGCUUCGAGUCGUCCCCGCACUACAUCAAGUCCGGUGAGUUGCGCGACUACCAGAUACGCGGCCUCAAUUGGAUGAUAUCGCUCUACGAGCACGGUAUAAACGGUAUCCUGGCCGACGAGAUGGGUCUCGGUAAAACGCUGCAAACCAUCUCCCUGCUGGGAUACAUGAAGCACUUCCGUAACAUACCCGGCCCACACAUCGUCAUCGUGCCAAAGUCGACGCUGGCCAACUGGAUGAACGAAUUUAAGAAGUGGUGCCCGAGCUUGAGGGCCGUCUGUCUGAUCGGGGAUGCGGAGACCAGGAACACCUUCAUCAGGGACGUGAUGAUGCCCGGGGAAUGGGACGUGUGCGUGACGUCCUACGAGAUGGUGAUUAAGGAGAAGUCCGUGUUCAAAAAGUUCAACUGGCGCUAUAUGGUGAUAGAUGAGGCGCACAGAAUCAAGAACGAGAAGUCUAAGCUGUCGGAGAUCCUCAGGGAGUUUAAGACUACCAAUCGGCUCCUGCUGACCGGCACGCCGCUACAGAAUAAUCUCCACGAGCUGUGGUCCUUGCUGAACUUUCUUCUACCGGACGUAUUCAACAGCUCCGACGAUUUUGACUCGUGGUUUAACACAAAUAGCUUUCUAGGUGACAAUUCCUUAGUCGAGAGGUUACACGCUGUUCUAAGACCGUUUCUCCUAAGGCGUCUGAAGUCCGAGGUGGAGAAGGGACUCAAGCCCAAGAAGGAGAUCAAGGUGUACAUCGGCUUAAGCAAGAUGCAGAGGGAAUGGUAUACCAAAGUGCUGAUGAAGGACAUAGAUAUCGUGAAUGGCGCUGGGAAAAUUGAGAAGAUGAGGCUGCAGAACAUCUUGAUGCAGCUGCGCAAGUGCUGCAACCAUCCGUACCUGUUCGACGGCGCCGAGCCCGGGCCACCGUACACCACCGACGAGCACCUAGUCUACAAUUGCGGUAAAAUGGUGAUACUCGACAAACUGCUGCCGAAGCUGCAACAGCAGGAUUCGCGAGUUUUGAUUUUCAGCCAGAUGACGAGGAUGCUGGAUAUCCUGGAGGACUACUGCCACUGGCGCUGCUUUCAGUAUUGCCGGCUGGAUGGCAACACCGCUCACGAGGACCGGCAGCGGCAGAUUAACGAGUACAACGCGCCCCACAGCGAGAAGUUUAUCUUCAUGCUGUCGACACGCGCCGGCGGUCUGGGCAUCAACCUGGCGACCGCCGACGUAGUCAUUAUUUACGAUUCCGACUGGAAUCCACAGAUGGACUUGCAGGCAAUGGAUCGCGCGCAUCGUAUCGGCCAGCAGAAGCAGGUGCGCGUCUUCAGAUUCAUCACGGAGAACACGGUGGAGGAGAAGAUUGUCGAGCGGGCCGAGGUCAAGCUGCGCCUGGACAAGCUCGUUAUCCAGCAGGGACGGCUGGUCGACGCGAAGCAGCAGGCGUUGAACAAAGACGAGAUGCUGAACAUGAUCAGGCACGGCGCGAACGAGGUGUUUGCGUCCAAGGACAGCGCCAUCACCGACGAGGACAUAGACACGAUACUGCAGAAGGGCGAGGCCAAAACGGAGGAGAUGAAGCAGAAACUCGAGAGUCUCGGGGAAUCCUCGCUACGCAAUUUCACUGUCGAUGCGCCGACGGACUCCGUGUAUCAGUUCGAGGGCGAGGAUUACCGUGAGAAACAGAAGAUCCUUGGGAUAGGCAACUGGAUCGAGCCGCCGAAACGCGAGCGUAAGGCCAAUUACGCCGUCGAUGCGUAUUUCAGGGAGGCGUUGAGGGUGUCGGAGCCAAAGGCACCGAAAGCUCCGAGACCGCCGAAGCAGCCGAUUGUGCAGGACUUCCAGUUCUUCCCGCCGCGACUUUUCGAGCUACUGGACCAGGAAAUUUAUUACUUUAGGCAAACGGUCGGCUACAAAGUCCCAAAGAAUCCCGAGCUCGGGUCGGACGCCGCCCGAAUUCAGAAGGAGGAGCAACGCAAGAUCGACGACGCCCAGCCGCUCACCGACGAGGAGGUCACCGAGAAGGAGAAGCUGCUGCUCCAGGGUUUCACCAACUGGACCAAGCGGGACUUCAAUCAGUUCAUCAAGGCGAACGAGAAGUAUGGUCGCGACGACAUUGAGAACAUAGCGAAGGAGGUCGAAGGGAAGACCCCGGAGGAAGUCAUGGAAUACUCGGCCGUCUUCUGGGAACGCUGCCACGAGCUUCAAGACAUAGACCGCGUGAUGGCACAAAUCGAGCGUGGCGAGGCCAAGAUACAGAGACGCGCCGGCAUCAAAAAAGCGCUAGACGCGAAGAUGGCCAGAUACCGAGCGCCUUUUCACCAGCUCAGGAUAGCCUACGGCACGAACAAGGGCAAGAAUUACACCGAGGAGGAGGACAGAUUUCUCGUCUGCAUGCUGCACAAACUCGGCUUCGACAAGGAGAACGUGUAUGAGGAGCUGCGCGCCACGGUGAGAUCGGCGCCGCAGUUCCGCUUCGACUGGUUCGUCAAAUCCCGCACCGCCUUGGAACUGCAACGUCGCUGCAACACCCUGAUAACCCUGAUCGAACGCGAGAAUCAGGAACUCGAGGAGCGCGAGAGGCAGGAGAGGAAGAAGAAGGGCGGCAACGUAGGAACGAAGCCGACGUCGAAACGAAAGGAAAAUUUGCCGGCGCCGCAGGACAAACCGCGGAAAAAGAAGAAAUAAACCGACCUGAGUGCAACCUCGAGCGAGUCCUGCCCUCCCUUCCUCUUCCGGACUGUUUUUUAGAACCGGACUCUUUUUCACGAUCCUCGCGCGAGUUAAAUAUGACUGAAAAACGGACCACGGGUAUUCACACAAGGCACUCUUUUCUACAUUGCAAAUUUUAUUUUAUUCUCACCGCGUCCAUGUGUGUGACUCCAGAUCUAUCACUUCAUAUUCCAUUGUAACGAGAUACAUUCUUAGAUUAACUGACUGCCAAGUUCAUCAGGCCUCAUCGAAUUUUGUAGCGACAUGGACUUUAAAUCGUCCACCGUAAUUGAUCUCGAAAAAUGUAUUCGUGUAAUCGCGAAACUAAUUAAUUUUAUUGAUGGUGCAGAAUCGUCGAUACUUACGCCGCAAUAUUUCCCGAUGGACUUGGACAGAACUCAAUAUUACGAGUGUUUUUGCACGUGCUCACGGAUGCCUGAUUAUGAAAUGAAGUAAAGAGAGAGAGAGAGAGAGAGAGAGAGAGAGAACGAAAGAGAGAAUCGUAAGAAAAGUACACUAUUUAUUUUCUCGGGUCUGUCAAAUUUUAAGUUGUUAUUAAAAUUUUUUCACCUUCUCGCUUCGACAAACUUUCGGUUUUAACAUCAUAUAUGUAUCGGUGAAAUUAAGAUAUUCGUAUAAGUUUUUGUUAAUUUGAAUCGUGUACUAACUUAUAGUGUUUCAUAUAUUACGUAUAAUGAUGUGUUGCCACGAAAUUCUUUUUUAUAUGAUAUAUUAAAAAUUUCAAAGUAUUAUGUUGCGGUAUGAUAUAUAAACGGUAUACGCUGAUUUGUUUUAUAGCCAAACGUUACUCCGUAAUACCUAAUUCGAAGUGGUAUUCUUCCACGUUAGUCACGAACGCUGUCACAAGUUUUAAUGAGGAAAACUGCUGUUCUGUCAUUUGAAAAUUACAGCUUUUUAAUACGCGUUGAAUUCCAAAUUUCUAACAGAACUGUAUACAUCUAGGUAGUUUUAUAUUUAAGUUUACAUACAUAAAUCAUACAUUAGACAAGAAUUUGCAAGGAAAUUACGUUUAGAACAUUAAUUAAUAAGAUAAUAAAUAAAUCUUACUAUUACGGAUAAAGGAUGUUUUAUUUCAGCUGCCAUGUAUACGUCACUUUGAUACUUCUUACGAAAUACUUAUUGAUUAUCGCAAAAUUCGAUCGGUUUUUUUCACAACUUUUUCCAAUUGCUAAGGAAGGAAAUACGAUGUUUUUAAGUUCAAAUUUUACACGUAAAAUUUUGUCGAAACGAUAUUUUAUACUUAAUAUAUUUAAAAAUUUAAUAAUAUUAUAUAAGCGUAAUAUUCCGAUGCUUAGUUGCAAAUAUAAGAAUGUAUUGUGAAGAGUGUGUACUGAAAAAGUAUGAACAUUUAUAAUUCUCGUACAUAAUAUUUAUUAAUUAUCGAUAAAUGAAAAGGAGAUGAAUGCUACAUAGUCAAUUAGACCUUUAAAAAUGAAGAAACCGACAUUAGACAAACACUUAUUGUUUUCUUCAAUAAGAUACGUGAAAAAUAAUAAGAUAACGGAUCUAUGGAAAAGUUAAACAAAUGUAAAAUUUCUCUUUCGCACGCGAUGUAAAUACAGAUCGAAAGAUGUCGCGUACAUUGUACGAAUAUAUAAGUUAAAAAUGAAACUUUAUUAAUGUCGACUUUUUUUGAACCGUCCUUAAGGCCUCAGAAUUCACCGCCAGGAUAUCAUAUCCUAAUUACAUACUUUUAUAUAUUUGCCGUAAUUGAUUACCUUCUCUUCGAUCCAAAAAAAGCCAUUUAAAAAAAUAAGUGUUCUUAAAAAUUUACACGUUGCAAUGUAAUCGCUAGCAGCCAAUUGUUAAAGAGAAAAAAAUCCGUAUUAACAUUUUAAAUUGCGAUCUAAAUAUGACAUGAUGAGAGUAUAUUAAAAGGCAAGUACAAUUAAAAUUACAAUCGUUACAUUAGCUUACUUUCACACAAUUUGAAAAAGUUCACAUCUAUAACGAGAAAAUUAAUUAGCCACGGUGCUUAUUUAUAUGCAACACAGAAGGACACUCGAAAAAUUUGCUUAAAACUAAAGUAAUCCAUUCAAUCUUCCUUUCUAUUUCUCUUUUCUCUGCAUUUCCUAGCAGCCUUCUCGAAACAUGUUAAAAAUCUAUAAAUAAUGUUGGUAUAAUUCAGAUUUAAUCGGCGAUGGAAUACAUUUAGUUUUCAGCAAAUAUUUAUCCACGUGAUGAGUACACAAUUAUCAAUAACAGCAUGAUUCAUAUGUAAUCCCGUAAUUAUCUAUGGCAAGAAUCGGCCCAUUAUAAGACAUAUCGUAUUUGUAUUGCAUUACAUUCAUAUAUUUACGAGGUAAAUUUUCAACUGUCGAUUAAUGAAAAGAGAGAAUUAAUUACAAAUAUUAUGUUCUUCCUAUUUUGUAAAAUAUUUUUAAGCAAAUAUAGUACAAAUCAAUUCCUUAUUUCAUUAAAUAAUUACAACCGUUUGUAACAUUAAAUCAGAGAAAAUUCAGUACCGAAAUAGAUAUCUUGAUUUAAAUUGCAGUUACAGCGUUCGGAAGCAAUCGCAAUUAUGUCUAUCUAUACGAACACCGCCGAGAUACGAAUUCUGAAAUAAGUAUGGAGUUUACAUCAUUCUAUACAUGACUUUCUAACAUUUUAAUGAUUAUAUUUGCGCUACCUCAAAGUCUGUGCGAUAGCGGCAAUAAUAGGAUAAUAAUACUGGCAAAUCGUAUGGCGGUUUUAAGCAGACUUUAUCCCUAGGAGAGUGAAUAUUUUCUAGCGAAAUAUCUUCGCGUUCGUCUAAGUACGUAUACUACAAUAUAUUAUUCGAAAUCUACAGUACUCUGUAAUCAUUUAGCAAUGAUCUCAAUUUCAUUUGACACAAAUGCGUGAUGCUAUAGAGAUGCACUUGUCAAAUAAUUUUUACAAUUUAUAUACCUCCCGAUUUUUGAUUAUUCGACAAACGAUAAUUAUACGUACAUUCUCGUUCGCAAUCAUUCCUUACAUCACUAAGAUAAUAUUGACUUACUAAAUUGUUGAACAAUUAUUUCUGGAUUUCUGAUUAAAUGUGCGGAUAAAAAU